AUGGGUGUCCACUGCGGGUCAUAUGUAAUCUUGUCCGACACUCAUAACAUAGCGACCUAGCGACCCAGCGUCAGAGAUGAGUCUUAUCUCUGAUGCCCUUCUACUUUGUGACGUCGACCUCGUCACAAAGUGCUUCCAUGCUUGAAAUCAGCCGAGAUGAGCCUUCAUCUGACUGGUGCGACUCGCAGGGAAUGAGGGAAUGGAUCCAAUAGAAUCUCUAUUGGGGGCUCAUUCCCUUAUUCCCUACUAAGCACCAGUCAGUCAUGACAUGUUUUCACCCGGCCGCCUGCCUUCCGACACCAGACCGGACCGUUGAACGUUCCGCGGUUUUCGAGCGACAGACCGGCAGCCCUGACCCGCCAUGGUUUGGGCAGCAGACGUGCACCUCAAGGCCUCAGGCGCGACGCCGGGCGUCACACCUGUGGCGCUACACACACGCCGUGCCGUCUCCCCAACGCCAGGCUCUUUCCAGGUCUCCCAGGCGCCACGAGUGCUGGCCCAGCCUGUGAUUAGAAGGAUCUCGAUGCCAACAAGCCUGUCGCCACAAGAGGUGCACCCCACUGUUCCUCCGGCCCAUGCAGCUUGCAAUGUGAUGUUGCCUGGUCGGCCGCCUGCAACACCGAUCGUGGCGGUGCGGGCGAUGGCGGAGCCCUUCCUCCCACAGGCGGCGCCGGCGCCGGCAGCACCAAGCCGUGCUGAGGUCGCUCCAACAGCCUUGGCUUGCAAGAACCCGAGCCUCACCAUUCUCAUCCGUGACUUUGAGAUGCAGACCCCACAGCUUCCGGGCGACUGGCAAUCGGACCUGGGUUGCUUAGCUCAAUGCGGGCGUCAUAUCACUGAAGUCCUCUCUGAGCUGGCCCAACAGAAGCGGAUCCUCGUUCCCCUACCGGGGGGCGCCAGUGUUCCGGUGUCCCUGCUGGGCCGUGAGGGCCCUCCGGUGCAAGCAUGGUACCAGGUCUAUGCCGGGCACCAAGAGCUGUUGGCCGAGGCGCUGCAGAUGCGAGAGGACGUGGUGCGCAGCUUCUUCCGCCAGUCCAGCUGUGCCUCCAAUCAGCUCACCUGGCGCCUGGGGGAGGUCUGGAUGGCUCACCGGUGGGUGUGUGGGAAUAUGAUGAAAUAUGUGGGAAUCAGCAAGGCAAGGAAUACUGGGGCAUUGCUUCUCCUUCAAGGACCUAUGGACCUUUAUAACCCUCUCAGAACUCUUGGCUCAAAUCCCGAAGGCUUUUUUAGGACAGUUCCUAUAUCAGUCUGAGCCUCAGAGCCUGGAGGGCAUGAAACCAAACUUGUUUUAAGGGAAAAGUUUUGAAGGUGAAAGCCAUCAUUUCCG